AACAACACUGGGCACAUUUCCUGGAAGCAGGAAGACAAGGGAGACAUCAUGUCUAAAAUAAUAACAACAGAGACAUGGAGAUUACAGGUGAUGCAAACCUUCAAGAUGGAAACAGUGUUGGGGGUUAUCAAACGUCUUCCCCAUUGACCAUAGACACAAGUGGGCAAUACAGCCCUGCUGCCAUCCUCGCAUCAGCUCUUAUCAAUGGACUACAAUAUGAAGCAUCCAUGCUGGCGAUACCAAUUUCAGAAUUACACCACCUUGAUGACCCCACAGAAGAAUUCAAAGGAGAUUGCAACAAUGUUGACCAAAAUCAACAUAUCAAAAUUCCAAAACCAGAGCAAUUCCGAAAGCUAGAACUGAAGCUCGAUUUGACUCCAAUGCUAGAUGAGGACUGGACAAUGGGAGAGGAUGAUGAGCUCUACUCGUUACCUGCUAUAUCCCCACAAUGGUUCAGCCCAGAUGAAAAUGAAACUGGCAUAGACUGGGAUUCAUAUAUACAUGGCAAUGCCAUACAAGAUGAUUCUUACAAUGAAAGU